GUUGCCGGCGUUAGUUCUAAACAAUCAUUGUGUGGUUACAGAGUAUAUAAGUUAAUAUAGCAUUUUUAAGCUAAGCGAUUUAAGUUGUCGUUCUCUUUUGUUUAUGGCUCUUGCUGUUUUCUAUUUGCGCGUAAAUAACUGUAAAAAGUUAGGUUUUGGUCUCAAACGUCUUUGGUCUUUUUGAAUAAACUUUAUUUAUACAACAGCGGUAACAAGGCAAUGUACAUCCCAACUAUAGUAAGGUUUAUAAUGCGUAAAAUAUAUCAAUAUAAAUGUAAAGAAAUUAAAUAAAAAGCAAACAUAAACAAUUAAAAAAAUGAAAAUGAAAAUUCUACAAAUAAAAUUCAUUACGUGUUAUUCUAAUUUCACUAAAGCAACGACAGUUUUGUAACGUUACCCAGCCCUUCCGUACAUUCGUUCCCAUGGCAACGGACAACAACCACAUUCAAAGGAUUGCACUAAACUGCAGCCACGUUUAUGGGUGAGAGCGAGAUAGCUACAUUUAUUAGAAAAUAUUUAGCUUGUAUUACCACUCUGAAACAACAAACUAGAAAAGACAGCAUUUAGCAAACACUUUUUUGACUAAUUCAUUCUCCGUUGACCUGGACUCCAACAGACGAGGACCAUGAGACCAGCAUCCGACUCCACUUCCUCCAGGAGCAGCUCUUAUACCCGCAGGUACCGUACACGGGCCCACACCUCUCAGGUGGACGAGACCCUGUUUGGGAGCCCAAACCCGAUAUCACCCCGCAAUCGUGGAAAGUCAGCCCCCAUUGCCAAGGGUAAGUCCCAGAAGAAUGAAGAAGGAGAGACUAUUCAAAUCAUCACCAAAGAUCUCAUUCGCAAUCUCAGGGUCCCAUUGGAGGAUCCUUCAGGAGAGUCCAUCAUUCUUCCAGCAGAUGAGUUUAAGCGGAUCACCUCAGCAUCCCGGGUUCUCACCAAAGAGGAGAGGGAGGCUGUGAAGGAGGCUUAUCAGAAGAAGAAAGAGGAAGAACUUAGAGUUGCAGAAGAAAAAAAGCGCCAGAUCUAUGAGGCAGACCUGUCCCGUAAAGAAAACCACGCACUGACUGAGCUAGAGCUAGAAGCCCGGGACCGUGCCCAGCGCUUGGUGGAGCGGGCCAACGCCUUGAGGAUGGAGCAAGAGGAUGAGAUCAAAAAGCUCAACCAGCUGAUUCUAGGUGCUCAGUGCCAAGCCACUCGUGAUGCCCAGAUCCAGGAGAAGAAACAGAUCCUGGCACAGUUGUCAGAGGAGGAGAAGCGUCUGGAUGCCAUGAUGGAGGUGGAGCGCCGCAAGGCCUUGAGAACUGAGGAGGAAAUUGAUGAGCUGCGCAAACAGCAGAGGAUCAAUGGAAUGCAGCAAAUUUACGACCAGAUCCGGCGACGUCAGGAAGAGAGGCAGCUGCAGGAGGAGGUGAGGCAGCUGGAGGGACAGCAGGUGCGAGAGAACCAGGAGAGAAUGAACCUGGAAGACCUCAAGGCCCUGGAGAAGAAGAGGGAGGAGCAGCUGCGUCUGCAUGGGGAGGUCAUGCGAAUUAAUGCUGAGACCAUGCAGGCCAAAGAGAGGAGGAGCGAGGAGGAGAAGCUGGCUGACAUGAGACAUAUGGAGUACAUCCGCAAAAAACUGGAGAGGGAGGCUGAAUAUGAAGCAGAGCAGAGACGAAUAAAAAAGGAGAGAGAGUUAGAGAUUGCCAGGCUGAGGGCCCGGCAAGAAAAAGCAAAGGACUACAAGGCAGAGCAGGAUGAGCUCCGCGCUCGGAGGAAUCGAGAAGCUGCGGACAGAGAAUGGAGGAGAAAAGAGAAGGAACUGGCUGAAAAGAAAGUACAGGAGGAGGCGAUGCUGAGGGCGGCUCGCUUGGAGCAGGUUCGCUGCAAAGAGCACUUCCUGUCGAUCGAGGCUGGCCGGGAGAAGGCCGAGUUUGAAAGGGUGCUGAAAGUGCAACAGGAAGCAAUAGUCAGACAGAAGGAGGUGGAGGAGAAGCAGCGGGAGAAAGCGCAGCGUAACUUAGAGGCCAUCCGACACCAGGUGAAGGAACGCGAGCUCUCGGCCAUAGCCAAGCGCAGGGAGAUCUUCAAGGAGGUCGAUCGGCUGAUGGAGGAGACCCGGCAGAGACGUAUGCGCCUCGACGAGAUUAAAGACAAGAAGCUGAAGGAGCUCAGGGAUACAGGGCUGUCUGAAAAAUACUGCAGUGAAGUGGAGAGGAAGGCACGAGGCUGCAUACUCUGAGUCACUCAUCUGGAUUUAAAUGGUGUGAGGCCCUCAUCUGGUACCUCCAUCACAUUUUACAGGGUCUCUUUAAAAAGGAAGAACACAUUUCAUGUACUAAUGUAACACAUACAAGAAUGUACCAAUGUACUGUGGGUUUCUGUUUCACUUCAACUGUUGUUUCUAAGCUUUGUGUGCAGCACUGUGUGCAAAAGAAAUCAAGAAAAUAAAAAUGACUUUUUGAGUCA